ACUAGGCUGACUCCCUUCCUGCUGCAUCACAGCAGCCUUUAGCAGCUCUGGUAGUACUUGUGACCGCGGGGGACGGAAUAUACACCGCUAGUUCACAGAAAACAGCAGCCUUUAGCAGGUUUAACAACAUCCUAACACGGGGCUAGGUGUCAGGAAGUGGUUGCAGUGCGAUAACCCCGCUCCAGUUGUUGGGAUAUGGCCAGGCCGGAACAGGUUCUGCUCUUGGAGCCUCAGCACGAACUGAAAUUCAGAGGUCCGUUUUCAGACGUGGUCACCACAAAUCUUAAGCUCUCCAACCCGACAGACAGGAAUGUAUGUUUUAAGGUCAAGACGACAGCGCCCCGCCGGUACUGUGUGCGGCCUAACAGCGGCAUCAUUGAUGCAGGCACCUCAAUCAAUGUCUCUGUCAUGUUGCAACCCUUUGAAUACGACCCAAAUGAAAAAAGUAAGCACAAGUUUAUGGUCCAGUCCAUGCUAGCACCUCCUGACAUGACUGACAUGGAGGGAGUGUGGAAAGAAGCAAAGCCAGAGGAGUUGAUGGACUCUAAGCUGAGAUGUGUUUUUGAGAUGCCAAUGGAGAAUGAAAAAACGCAUGAUAUGGAGUCCAACAAGAUGUCGUCGAGCUUGCUGAAGUCAGAGUCAUCUGCGCUGCCUGUGAAGUCGCUGAGCUCCACCCUGGACGACGGAGAAGUAAAAAAGAUCAUGGAGGAGUGCAAGAGGCUGCAGAUGGAGGCUCAGAGGCUACGGGAAGAAAACAAACAGAUUAGAGAAGAUGAUGGUUAUCGGAUGAGGAAGAGCAACAUCAUGUCAUCCCAGCAUGCCUCAGGCUCCAUGAAGAGGGAGGAAGGUUUGAGUGCCCGCUCCGUGGCCCUCAUCCUGCUCUUCUUCAUCGUCGGCGUCAUCGUGGGGAAGUUGGUGUUGUAGAGCGCAGCACUUCGGUCAGCCGCAGCAUGCUUUCAUGGUGGA